AUAUCUUCAAUAUAUCAGCGGGAAAAAAGACACACUACCAUUCAAUUUUGUCUUAAGAGUCCAAAUCAAAGUUGAGAAGAGAAAGGAAUUCUACAUAAUGUUUUCUUCGACGACAAAUCUCUUUCUCUUUGUCUCAAUCCCACAAAAGAAAGUCCCAAAACAAAAAAUGGGAAAAAAUAGGAAUUGCCCUCUUCAUGUCCCUUGUGUAUAUAACCCAAGACAUCCAUCUUCCUUUGUUUAUCAGCCUCUAACCAUGGACUCAUCGGACCCGCCAUUUCAAGAAACCUACAAGGCCCUCUUCAAGAAGUUAGCCAACAAAGCCUUGACCAUGCCCGUCAUCGUUGAGGAGCGCGACCUCCCGGUGAUCGACCUCGGCCAGCUGAGCCUCAACAAGGAGGAGAGGCGCGAGUGCAAGUUGGAGAUUGCGAGGGCCUCGCGGGAGUGGGGGUUCUUCCAAGUGUUGAACCACGGGAUUUCACGAGAGAUCCUGGAGAAAAUGAGGGAGGAACAGGUCAAGGUGUUCCGAGAGCCGUUCAAGAAGAAGAGCAGGGAGGACAAAUACCUGAAUUUCUCGGCGGGGAGUUACCGGUGGGGGACUCCCUCCCCUACGUGCUUGCGGCAGUUGUCGUGGUCCGAGGCUUUCCAUGUCCCUUUGAGCGAUAUCAUCUCCGGCACAAGAGGUGGCAACAGCACUCUCAGCUCAACAAUGGAACAAUUUGCUGGGACUGUAUCAAACCUAGCUCAGAACCUAGCAGAAAUCCUGGCAGAAGAACUGGGCCACAAAUCGACCUUCUUCAUGGAGAAUUGCCUGCCAAGCACUUGCUAUCUGAGAAUGAACAGGUACCCAACAUGUCCAAUCUCGCCUGACGUGUUCGGACUGAUGCCACACACCGACAGCGACUUCCUCACGAUCCUGCACCAGGACGAAGUUGGGGGUCUGCAAUUGGUCAAAGAUGGGGAGUGGAUCGCUGUUAAACCUAAUCCAGAUGCUCUCAUCAUCAACAUCGGCGACUUAUUUCAGGCAUGGAGCAAUGAUAUAUACAAGAGCGUCCAGCACCGAGUUGUGUCCAAUUCGAAACGGGAGCGGUACUCGACCGCGUACUUCCUCUGCCCGUCGUACGACACCGUGAUCGAGAGCUGCAACUGGCCUCCCGUUUAUAGGAGCUUCAGCUUUAGAGAAUUUAGACGACAGGUUCAAGAAGAUGUACAAACACUGGGUCAUAAGGUCGGGCUUCCCAGAUUUCUCGUGUAAAAGCUGAUUAUUUUUUUUGUUUUUGUGUCUAGAUGUUGUCCUUAUGGAUUGACUAGCUAGUUUGCUAGUUCGUGAUGGCCAUUAAGAAAGUAUCUAAAGGAAAGGUACUAGAAGAAAAAAGGAAAAAAGGAAAUACAUGGAGAGAUAU